AUAGCCGUAAGCAGUUCUGUAAAUACCAGGCGAUCGUAUAGACAGGUAUAGCGUUGCCCUUCACCUCUGUACCGAGACUCUGCCUUCCAGAAUACACGUGCGGAGCUCUUGUAGGGAGAGGCGGGUUUCUUCAGUGAACACAGCAUCGAGCUGGAGCAAAAAAGCUAAUAUUACAGCACAGUAUUCCAAUGGCUUCAGAAGACAAACUCUGUGUUCUAAUAUGUGGCGGCGGCCGCGGAGUUCACACGUUGGCAGGGUUGGCAGCCAGCAAGAAAGACGUGGAGGUACGCAUCUUCACAACGUACCAGGACGAGUCGGAAAAGUGGACUAAAGCCAACAAGGAAGUCUCUGUCAUCUUCAAAGACGACAAAGGGAAAGAAAAUACAGUGAAAGGAAAACCCGCCGUCGUGAGUAAAACUCCCGAUUUUCUGGUCCCUGGGUGUCACGUGAUUUUCUUGAUGACCCCUGCCAGUGCGCACGAGGAGUAUCUUAAGGCUAUCCAGCCUCACAUAGAACCCGAUACCGUUAUUGUAGGUCUACCGGGACAGUGCGGAUUCGAAUUCGCUGUGCGCACUAUCUUGAAGGACAAACUUGACCAACUGGCCAUCCUUUCUUUCGACUCCCAUCCGUGGUACAGUGAAAUCAAAACCUACGGGCUGUCUGUUGAGGUGAAAGCAACAAAGAAAAUACUGAAAGGUGCAAUAUUCGGCAAGGAAAUCAUGAAGGUUGGUCUUGGUAAAGAGCCAGUGGAAGCCGUACAAUAUCUCAUGGGCGAACAACCCGUCUUAGACGUGCGUGGUCACGUUCUGGGAGUUACUCUAAUGGCCCCUAACGCAUCUCUACAUCCUGCGAUCAUGUACCGGAAGUGGGCUAGGGAUGAGGAAGAUGAAGAAGAGCCAGUCGACGAAGCGCCAUUAUUCUUUCAAGAUGUCGACCGUCUUGCCACCGCUCUACUGUCAGCAAUCAACUGCGAGAUAUUGGACAUUGCUAGGGCCGUUAGAAAGGCCAACCGGGAAGUGGAUUUGUUUACCGUAAAGGAUAUCUUCGACUGGUAUCUGGAGUGCUAUCCGGACGAGAUAGAGAACAAAAACACUCUUACGACCGUCCUGAAAACCAACAAGGCGUAUAAUGGAAUAAAGCAUCCAAUGAAGUCAGUAGAUGGUGGGAAAUUUUUGCCAGAUUAUACCCACAGGUAUCUUGCAGAGGACGUGCCGUUUGGGUUAGCCGUAGUAAAGGGUAUCGCGGAUAUUGCCGGAGUUGAGACACCCAAUAUAGACAAAGUGAUUGUCUGGGCCCAGACAAAAUUGGGCAAAGAAUAUAUGGUGAACGGGAAAAUGACCGGUAAAGACAUCAAGAGCACGAGAUGUCCCCAAGCCUUUGGAUAUAAGACUGUCAAUGACAUUCUCGGGAUGUGACAAUGGUGUCGGUUUUAGACAAUCUUUGAUUGAUUUUCAUUCAGAUCCAUGCUUCAGUUUUGUAUCUAUACGUCGUGGCUGAUUCAUAUGCUUUUCAGUGUGCCAAUGAUCGGCUUGUUCCACAGAAUGCGAACGGGCGUACAAUGUAGAGCAAGAUAAACUAGUCUACAGAAUCUUUAUUCGAAUACUGUUACAGCUGGCUUGAAAUAUUUGGUAGACUAAUCAGUGAAGGAUUCAACAUGUUAAGAGAGGGGUCCAAUUAAGGCAUUUUGAUGUUUCUGUAGGUCUCAGGGCAUGCUAUUUUUCUGCUGUUGGGAAGGAGUGAGGGCUGAUGCGGCCAUUUUGUUUUGGAUUCCCUAGAAUUCGCCAAUAAAUGAUAAGAUGAGAUGUAACUUUCACAGAGCACGGUCCAUGAAGAGACGUACUGCUUUAUUAUUAUUAUUAUUCAGCUAUGUUUUUAUGUUUGCAUUAAAUUGAUAUGCGCAAUUGACUUAUGGGGUAACUAUAACAUAACAGUGCAAUGCCAUGAAUGAUAAAGGCCAAAAGAAAUAGCAAGCAGUGCAUAUAAAUAUGAAGCCCGUAAUGGGCAGUGGAUGGGGGGUUGGUGGGUGUUGGUUUCUUUACCAGAAAAAAGUCCCUAUCUAGCUUGCCUUGGUCUUGAAUCAUAGUUCGUACUCAUUUUAAUAUGUAAAUGUAAGAGGUCACUAAACCAAUCUGUCUUAUUACAAAAUCUACAAUUACCCACCCCCCCACCCCACCCACCCACCAAAACCACCCAUACACACACAUACAAAGACUCACGCACACUAAUAGUUGGCUACGGGCUUGAGGCAUUUGGUCAAAAGGGCUACAUUCACUUUGAAGGUUAGGGACUCAGCAUUCAGACGUGCUUAUCCCCACACCCACAGUA